CGUCGUCCUCCGCCUACUUCCGCCCUACGCAGUGUGCUCCGUCCGUCGUCCUCCGCCUACUUCCGCCCUACGCAGUGUGCUCCGUCCGUCCACUACCGGCGACAAUGAUCUGCCUGUUUCUGUCCAUAUUCGCCAACAUCUUCCAGACAGGUUGGACCGGUGUGAAUGAGCGCACCUUCCUGGCCGUGAAACCCGAUGGCGUGCAGCGGAAGCUGGUGGGAGAAAUCGUGCAGCGCUUUGAGAGGAAAGGAUUCAAGCUGGUGGGCCUCAAACUCAUGCAGGCAUCCGAGGAACUUCUCAGGGAGCAUUACUCGGAGCUGAGGAGUAAGCCCUUUUUCAGUGGGCUGAUCGCCUACAUGAGCUCAGGACCCGUUGUUGCAAUGGUGUGGCAGGGUUUGGAUGUGGUCAAGACUGCGCGCAAGAUGUUGGGUGAGACCAACCCUGCGGACUCGCUCCCAGGAACCAUCCGCGGCGAUUACUGUGUGGAAGUGGGCAGAAACGUGAUCCACGGCAGCGACUCUGUGGCGAGCGCCCAGAGGGAAAUCUCUCUGUGGUUCCGUCAGAAUGAGCUUCUCUGCUGGGAAGACAACUGCAGCCACUGGAUCUACAACUAAGGGUCCAAAUCCACUGUCUGCAGUUAUUGUUAUUUUAUGUUAGCCUCAUUACAAGAUGGAUCACCUCAUACCUCAAGAGGAAGGUUUUGGCUUCAGCAGCUCACAUGCAGAGAUGCAGUGUCAUUUAUGUCUCGCUGCGUCUCUCGCUGUAAUACAUUUUUAUCUGUACGAAGGGCAUUUCAGAGGUGAAAUGAUUGUACGAAGCAAAAGUGCACGAAAAGACACAAAUUUGACUUGACACUGUCUCCUUCUGUUCCAUUGUAGUUCCUGAUAAGUGCAGAACACAAGGUCAUGUAUACAGUUUAUAAGCAAUAAGCUUGGAUUUGAUGCAAUAAAAUGUCAUAACAAUUAACCCAAAAGGUUAAUUUCUAUUAAAGGUACACUAAAUCACCCUUUUCCAUAUCGGUACUAAGUACUAUUGUUUUGUCUCCACUUCUGCUGAGAUUUGUGUGAAAUGUUUGAAUGUAGAUGUUUCCUCUGUAAUGAAAACCAAAAGAUUGAAGAAAUCAAGAUGUUAACAUAAACCAUUUUGCCUUUUUGCACAUUCAUGAUCUUCAUUUUCCUGUACCUUUUUUGAAUUCAAAUUCUGUAUGUAAAGAUUCUGAUUGUAAAAACAGAUUGUCCCAUCACUACUUGAAUGCAAUUAUGGAUAUACAUUUUAAAAUAUGUGUAAUAGGUUUCCUGCUUUGAUAAUGAGAGAAUGAAGUUCAAUAUCUUUUUUUAAUAAAAGAUAUUCAUUUUCCAUCAUUUUGUCACAUUCAUGCUUUUAUAAAACUGCUAUAAUGAUGCAAAGUGGAUUGUAUCUAAAUUGUCCAAAAAAAUAAAUCUAAACUUGAAACUUUUUAAAA